AUGAAGUUCAUUACCUUACUGAGGAUGCCAGACAAAGAGCCUUGGAUGAUAUUGAUUCCCGCCCUUUCGGGAUUUAUUGGUGGGAGUGAAGAUGUAAAAAAUGCAAUUUUGAAUGGUUUGCACAGCAAUGUAAAUGAGCUUGUUAGGCUUUUAGGAACGUCUUGCGGAGAUAAGGGGUGUAAUGAUCAUCGUGAUCAAAUUAACACUCUUAAUGAGAAGCUUAAUAAACUUAAAAAUAAGCUUAAAGAUGAUCAAAAUACUCCUGUAAAUCUUACUGUAAUCCUUUCUAAGUGCAAGUUAAAUGGUCUUGAUGGUCCCUUAAAAGAGCUUAAAGAUGCAAUUACUGAGAAAAUUGAGAAGCUUAAUAAAGAUAUUGAGAGCCUUAAAAAAGCAGAUAAAGAUGCUAAACAACGCAAUGAAACUCCUCAAAAUGCCUCUGAAAUUGACAAGCUUAAUAAGGAUCUGCAGUCUCAUGAAGCCUCCAAGAAGUCUCUUGAUACACUGAAUGAGCUUUGUGGAUAUGCUGAUAAAAUUAAUAAAAAGCUUGUUGACGAAAAUCCCUCCACAGAAAUUCUUAAAAGCCUUUGUGGAGGCCUCGAAAAAUUUCUCGGCUACGAUAAUGGUAAUUACACCGGAGAAGGAAUCGUGUACUCGGACCUUGAUAGGCUGUGCGACGGGGUGAUGUCUUUUAUUCUUCAAUGUCUUAAAGGCAGUCAAACGCUUUUAAGCUUUUAUUAUCCUAAUAUUACGCAGACUAUAAAGGAUUUAGAAGGUAAAAUAGGUAAGGGCCUUGGUGUUUCAGGAUUUGCGCAGGCCAUUGGGAUUGUUCGGGAUGGGCUGCAGGGGUAUGAGGGUUCUCUAAAUAAGAAGAUUAAUGCUGUUGUAGGUGAAGAAAGAGAACAUAAUGGCACGUUAAAAGCGCUGAAAGAUACGAUUGGGAGAAAUAUUAAAGCAGUUGGUCAGUUGAAGACAGGUGUCUUUGAGAGCAAUGUUGCCUUGUGGUUGACCACAGUGACGGAGGGGUUAGACGCAAAUGUAAAAGCGGUUAGAAACGCCACUAACGCCUUGGAUUACGAACUGAGAAACAAGUUGAAGGGUGAUUUCGAACAGAUUGCAUUACAGAUUAAGAAUCUUGAAAACAAUGCAAGUCGGGAUCAGCAAGAGCUAUAUAGUCUGGGUAGUAAGGUGCAGGAGGAGUUGAAAGACCUUGAGAAACAGGUAACGGAACUUGCUAAAAGUAAGCAAGAAGACUGCAUUCGACAAUUGAUGGCAGCGUUUGACAGUAAUAUCCGGAACCCUAUCCACGCAGUGAAGGCCAAUUUGCAAUCUGUUCAUAGACAUUUGGACAGGUGGAGCAAGAAAGCUACAAAAGCUGUGGAAGCGGCUUUGAUGAAGUGUGCUACUAUUUUGGAGAAAUUAAGCAGUGGUCAGGAGUCUGUUAAACAGGCGGCCGAGGAAUUGAGAGCAAAAGCGCAAAAGCUUUUAGCUUCAGUAAAAGCGGCGAAAGGUAUGCUAGUUGACAAAGUAGAUAAGGCGCUUACAGCCGCUGAAAAAUUGGAAACAACAUUGAAAACGGACUUAGGAAAGAUUAAAGAGCAGAUUGAGGUGGGCAUUUCAGGGUAUGUCCAGGGGUAUCUUCGCAAGGUUCAAAAUAAGAUUGGGCAUAUUAAGGGAACCAAGGGUCCCCUUUUCAUGGGUAUGGAAGGAAUAAAAGAGCGAGUAAAGGAGUAUUCCACAAAUUUUAAAACCUUUGGUGGCACUGUAUUGAAGGUAUGGGUGGAAGACGUUGUGAAGAGCAAACCGGUUAAAACGUAUAUUGACUGGUAUGUUAGGGAUCCCGUGACCAAUAGUCUUGGUAUGCUGCAGUCGCCAUAUGAUGGUGAUAACGCUCAAAGAAUUAUGAAACAGCUUGCCGAGAAUGUUGCGUCGCAAAUUAUGCACGAUAUUGGCAGCGCCCAGAUUCAGCCCUCUGGGACUGAUAUUCCAAAUGAAGGAGAUAAGAUUGAGAAACAUGUGGAAUACGUCCAAAAGGUUUGCACUAAUUUUGCCGAUCUGCUUGGGAAGAAACUACAGGAUCGAGAAUUAGAUUCAUUUCUCUCUUCAAUAGCCAAUACGAUUGAGAGUGCGGUUGGGGGUACCGGUUCUUCGAAUGAUAAUCUAAAGGGCGCCGUCUCUUACGCACUCCAACAGCUUGUCGGUGCGGCUAGAGGAGCAGCUGCCGAACUACACUCGUUAGCUCUUGAGCACAAGCCACCCGGUGCAGACAGAAGUAUAUUGGGUAAAGUAGAUGAGGUUUACGGUAAUGCUAAUGAUAUAUCUGCUCAGCUUGACACGGCGCUCGGGGGGACCGGCGAAGCUUACGUUCCCGGAACAAAUCCGGAAGUUCAGCUUACCCACAAUGUUAAUGCAACGAUUGAGGGUAUACUCAAUGGACAGCUGCCGAAGGAUAGUGAACCACGUCAGGUCCAACUUAUACACCUUAGGCCAUCCUUCACGAAACCAACUGGCGGCAGGGUCGGCCCCAAUCCCAAGAGCAAGAAAGAGGAACUUAUCGAAGCUAUCGACGCCAUUGAAACAGAGGUGGAAAAGGAUCUUGACCUCAAAGAUCCUAAAGACGGCAAAACAGAUAUGAGCACUGAAACUCUAAAAGCGGCCCUCGAAGCUGUCAACUCCCAACUGAAAGCCUUUGUACAAGCUAUUAAGGAUCUGGUUGAAGAUUCCAAAAUUAUAUCCGGUAACGAUCCAACCAAUAAAGCAGUCAAAAGCCUUCUCAACGAGUUGAAUACGAUGCUUGAUAAAGGAAGUCAUUCGGUAGUGCCAUAUCAGCUUACCAAGGAUCUCAAGCAAAUCUGCAAUGAAAUUGCAACUGACGUAAUCGGCGACGCCCGAAGCCCCGUCAUUGGUGACGCGGCGACUACUACCCUGGAACAUAUCAUCACUGCCGCCACUGCAUUCCGCAACACAACAAUCAAAAGCGAGGUUGAGACAUGUGUAAGACUAAUUAACGAAAAAGUGACAUCAGAAGUAAAAUUGAAGAUUGAUGCCAUAAAAAAAGACGCUCUGGACCGGUAUGUUCAUACCACCACCAAGCAUUUGGAGGACUUGGAUAUCUUUAUCAGAAAGCGUAAUCAGAGUAUGGAUGAAAUCAUCCAUCUGGAUAAAACCAGAGGCAUAAAGGGGUUCGCGCAGAAAUUAAAUACAAUGUUUAUCCCUAUGAUUGCAUCAUUUAAACCACGUGAGUCGAAUACCAAAUUCCAAGAUUUUGCCAAUCUAUUGCUUAAUCAAUUUAGCGAGCUCAUGCAAGAAUUACAUAAGCAACAUGAUUUUAAAAUAAUGCAUUCCGUGGUUCAACCUUUAUGGACGUCUCUUGGGACGUUGCUCUCCGGACUAUAUACGUCCAAACAAUUCGAUCAUACGUUCCGCACAAAUCUAAAUUCGUUGAGGGAAAUUGUUGGUAACAUGUCACCUGAUAAGCAUUCCAGACCAUCAAGUGUGCUGCUGAAAGUGUUGCAGAAGGGUUUAACGGCCAUGUCCCAGCAGCUUGGUUAUGGCUAUGUGAGUGCGUACUCCGAAAGAACAUGGAUUGACAAAGAGCAAAGGAAGUACGCAAAAAUAAUCUUUACCAUAUUUCGCAUACUUCACGUUUCACUAACUAUGUUGAAGGUUAAUUGCAAGAGUCUGAGUGGACAGCAACUUAACCAAUCUACUGACCUCGGAAAAAUUAUAGCCGAUGAGGGAUUCAAUGUAUCCGACCAGGAUGGACAGAAUGGCGAGCUACGGAAUAAGCAAGAUUGCAAGGGUUCAGAUAUUAUUAACUUACUUAUCAGGAACGUCGACGGCGCAAACAACAACGAGCACCUUAAAACACUUAAGCCAAAUGAAAGGAAUAAAUUCAGUCUCAUGAGUAUCAUAGCGUGCCUCAUGUCCCAUCUUGACGAAUAUAAUAAAGUUUGCCACCAUUCUACAAUCUCUGUCAAGAGGUCUCCGUGUUCUGUUUACGAACAGUUAGUCUGGCUGAUUGGUCUCCCACACAAUCAAGUGUUUGACAAAUUUAGCGUGUACUGUAGGGAACUGUUCGAUAAACCGAAGAAAGAUGACAAGAGGGAUUACUCAGAAAUUCCGUCAUCUGAAUUGCAACUUGGUGCCUACCCAUAUACCAUCAACUAUGAUGAUUUGGUGCCGGCGAUUAAACGUGUAUGCCAGCACUCUCACCGUGUACUUACUACUAUCCUCGGCCACGGCCACUCAGCGGGCAUAUAUGCCUCUGACUUCUCGAACAAUUCACUAAAUUUUUAUUAUCCCAGUAGUAUGUCUACGUUAGUAUGCAUGUUACUCGACGUCCUGAAGCGCAUCUACUACCAGCUUUCUUUCAUUUGUCGACAGUGUAAAUAUACCUCCAAACUUAGCGGGUGGCGUGACUGUUCAUAUGGGCGCGGCGUUGGUGGCUCCAAUUGGCAGUGUAAUACGUUGACGUAUGCCAAUCAAACGUGUGACCAACACUGCAAACAACUGGCCAACCAGUGCCAACCUAUGUGCCAAGCAAAUAGGCAACCAAAACACUAA